CUGUUAUUUAUUUGUCUGUCAGGUCCGUGAGGUACAAGGACAUGGGGACUGCACCAGAUGGUUCGGAACGGGGCAUAAUUUAAUAUUUUACAAACUCCUAAUGGAUAUUGCUCCUCCACCACCAAUAGAACGAUACCGGCAUUUCAGGGACCCAGAAUUACGAAAAAGAAGUUUUGGAAAAUGGCAGAAAUACACCGAGCCAUUUAUAAAGGCACUUGUUGACGAUGGCUUCUUUAGUAUAGAUGAAGAGAAACGGAAAGUGCAGUGUGUUAACUGUGGUGGAGUUCUUUGUGGCGUUGAAGAAGGACAAAAUAUCCACAUCACACACUAUCGUCAUUUUCCUAAAUGUGACAGGUUUAAGUACAGAGAACCUGACUUUUUAAGUCUGUUCAAAAAUCCUCUGGUUAUCAGUGACGCGACAGUGGCGGACGGUGUGUUAGGAACCAUUGAUGUGGCGCCGUAUAUCACAGGGAACCACGGAGUUAGCGAGGGGUGCUAUUUAGAUGGUAGGGUGGAGGACACGUCACAUUCUGUUUACGUGCUAGGGAACACGAAAUACCCGAAACACAUCUAUUAUUCCAUUUACAUAGACAGAUUGAGAACCUUCAGUAAUUGGCCAGCUCAUUUUAAACAGACACCGGAUGACCUUGCUAGAGCUGGAUUCUUUUAUGCAGGUGUUGAUGACUUGUGUGAAUGUUACUGUUGUGGUGGUCAGCUGGAUGGCUGGGAAGAUGAUGAUGACCCUCAGCAAGAACAUGACAGGUGGUUUUCUGACACAUGUCCAUUAUACCAAGUAAGACAGAGGCGACCAUCAGCUCAGGUCGGGUGACAAAUGAAACCAAUGUGGUGCGAAGUAACUAUAUCGUAGACUUCAGUUCCUGGUCGCUAAGGUUAUGGAGGCACUGUUAUACUCCGAGGGAAAACAAGGGUCGGUAAAUUGCAGACAAUUUGCUAUUUGAGACAGCAUUGAGAUGUAGCUAGCUCUUGUGGUGUCAGAUUAAAAUAUGAAAGACACUGCCUUGAGAGAUAUCAAUAUAUCUGAUUGGGUGUACUGUUGGCUAACCAUUUGGACGACACUGGUAUAGCUAUAUGUGAGAUGACGUUACGUUAAAACGGGGGAGACUUUGCUAUGUAAGGCUAAUGUUGUGUCCUUAUCCACUUCAGGUGGGCCAACAUGUGCAAGUUUGGGUUGGAAUCGUAAUGUCCAUGUAUAACGUAUUUUGAACGAAAAAUGAAUGAAUUGACAAAUGAAUGUUUAAACGGUUUAAGAUAGAUCACAGAUUAUUUGAAGCAGUGGAAUAUGCAGUGUUAUAUGAUUACGUUAUGUGGCUUGUACAAACAAUAUAUACCCUCUUGAAACUCGUAUGACGUUUUCGUGUUUUAUUUAUUAUUUAUUUUUUCAGUUUUAGUAAGAUGUAUUUGCGUUCAGAUGUCUGCUUUUGAUUGAAAAUGCCUAUUAAUACUUAAAAGCGUAGUGCAGAAUCAAACAUUGUAUCUUGUAAUAAUUUUCGAUUGAUAAGUUUCACUUAUUUAUCCAAGCAAUACAGGGAACCACACGUAUACAUUUGCAGAAUUGCAUUGGUAAAGUCAAUGAAUAUCACACAAAAACAUAUAUCAACUUCAGGAAUGAACAUGAAUUAGUCUCAACUUCAACAUAACCAAGUUAUUCCAAUUUUCUUCAGAGUGAUAAGUAUAAGUUAAAUUGUUUAUAAAUAUGUGUUUUUAUAACUGGUUAGUUAAAUGGGACUAAAUAAUUCCCUUUAAUCUAAAGAUAAUUAUUUGUAACCACAGGACAAGGUUAUUGUGUGGCAAAGACUGCUUUUGCAAAUACUCCGAUUUCAGGUAUUUGUUGUAUGUAUAGUGCCUUUUUAACAUUAAAACCAUGUCUGGUUUGGCCAAAUCAAAGAUUGGAACAUUUAUCCCCAAAGCAGUAGCAUAAACAAUUGUUUUAGAUAAACCGUUUAGAUUUUAUGCACAGCUUAUAUGAACACGUUUCUGAAAAUGGAAGUAGAGCAUGCCAUGAAUAUUUUGUAUGACUUAGAUUUAAAAUUGCAUUUAACAACACUUGAAAUUGAUUCCAUUAGAUAUCCCACGGUCAUCUGUCACUGUUAAUUAUUUGCAUAACCAGUAACUUCAAUUUCUAUUCAUACGCAAGGUGGUGUUCCAAAUAAAAUUCACAUUUCCUUCUCACAACUGAACACAUGUUGAUGUUUUGUGGGUUGUAAGAAAAUAAAAGAUAUUUUUUU